UGCUUUACUGGGAUGCAAACAUCUGCAGCGCAGUGACAGACAAGUACACAUUUUACAGCAAUCCUUUUAAAGUUGUGAGAAAAGAAAGCUUUGAUUUUACACUGGACAGUCGUUCUGUCCUGACUAGACUGAAUUACUGGAGAAGAAAUCACAGGCUUUUGAUCUAUUCAGUCAAACAGAAGACUAGACAACAGCGACCAGUAUUAUCACAAUGAUCUGGUGCUUAAUCCUCCUUUGUGUGGCUGGGGCGUUCAGAGCAGUCCAUGCAGUCCCACUCAGGAAGACCAGUAAGAUGGAAGUCAAGGCUGCACCAAAUGAAGAAGUGAACGUGCUCAUGUUUGGUGUCAUUCAGUUCAGCGAGUCUCUGAACUACGCUUUUGAAAACACUGAGGCAAAGAUAGAUAAACUUAGCAAGACUGUGACGAGCCGUGAGGGUGCUCUGCAGCAGCUGGAGAAGCAGACUGAGGAGGCUGCUGAGGUGGAGAAGCAGAUGAAGGAAGUGAUACAGUUGCUACAGGCCCAGAUGGUCAACCAACAGGCUCAGACGAUGAUGACUAAAGACUGGCUAGCCCGCAUAGAGCAGGAAGAGACGGAGCUGAAGACAAAAGUGAAGAGGAUGGAAACAUAUUUAAACAACGCGCUCCCCAGCAGCAUCAAAGAGCUGCAGGAGAGAGCAGAGGAGCACUCCAGCAUUCUGAAACUUUUACAGCAUUUCACAGAAUUCCAAAAACAGAAUAUUGAGACAAAUGAUGAACAGCUCUCCGCACUGCAGAAGAUGAGUGACAUGUCAUAGCUGUUAAAUUUCACCACUGAGGUCUCCUGGUCUACACCCCCUCUGAAUGAAGUCCAUCUACAUCUCAGCACUGUACCUUCUCUGCACUCCCCUCCAAAUCGGCUUUAUAUGCUAUAUAUCUGCAGUAUGCCUAUAACAGAAACUAUGUUUGCUAGUUCACUUAUGAUUAUGUUGCAGUUCUCAUUUAUUCCUCAUGCAAAAUGUUUUAUGUAUCAUUUGUUUGUGUUGACUGAUGUACUUUGUAAACAUUAUUUUAACAAGAACCAUUUAAAUUAAAGUUUUUUAAUAAUCAAA